AUGGCGGCUGUUCACAACGGUCACAUCAAUGGCGGUGGUGCCAACGGCGCCUACGUCAGCAAGCGCUUCUCCGACAUCCCUCAGAACCUCGAUGUGCCCUUCUCCGGCGACCAGGAGGAUGAGGUCGUGGAACUCAACCUCGAGGAACUGGGCGACGACCCGACCGAGCUGUGUACCCUAUUCGAGAACGAGCACGUUGCCCGCACCUACUGGAUGACGGUGGCCAUCGCCUAUGCCAAACAGAACAACAUCGACCAUGCCAUUGAGAUGCUCAUCCGCGGCGGCAGCGCCAUGGCCACCAACAACCCCAAGGAGAAGCUGAGCAUGGUUUGCGGUCUUUGCUGGAUGUACCUCUGGAAGAGUCGCGAGGCACCGCGUGUUCCCUCUGAUGGCGCCCUGGCCUCCGAGACCAAGACCAAGGAGUACUAUCUGAACCAGGCGACCCAGUCCCUCAAUGAAGCUCUCCGCAUCAACCCGGCCUUCCCUCCGCUGUUCCUCGCGCGCGGCGUCAUCUACCUUCUCCGGGCUUCCCUCGUGUCGCCAUCCAAGGCCGCGGGCCCCAGCAGCAUCGAUCCCGAGAAGGCAGAUCUUCUACGUAAUGCGCUGAAGUGCUUCGAGGAUGCGAUUCGCGUGUCCCAUGGCAAGAACGUGCUGGCCCUGAUGGGCAAGGCAAGAGCGUUAUUCUCUCUAGGGAAAUAUCCCGAAGCCUGCUCGCUAUACCAGGACGUCCUGCGCAAGAUGCCAGAUAUGGUCGAUCCAGAUCCCCGCAUUGGUAUCGGAGCUUGUUUCUGGCAGCUCGGCUUCAAAGAUGACGCCAAGCAGGCCUGGGAGCGAAGUUUGGAGCUCAAUCCCGAGUCCAAAAUUGCCAACAUCCUGCUCGGCCUCUACUACCUCGACUCCAGCGCAAAGGUGCCAACAAAUAGCCCCGACUUCAUCCGUCUUUACAAGAAGGCCAUGACCGAGUUUACACAAAAGUCUUUCAAGAUGGACAAGAACCAGCCGCUGACUUGCGCUACUUUUGCCGGUUAUUUCUUAUCCCGAAAGCAGUUGUCAAAUGUUGAGUCACUUGCCAACAAGGCCCUUCAAUAUACCGAUGUCAACAACGUCGCCAGUGACAGUUGGUACCUACUUGCGCGGAAGGAGCAUGUCGAGGGCAACGUCGAGAAAGCCACCGACUACUACCGCCGUGCCGACGAGGCUAGAGGAGGCAUCGACAGAGGAUAUCUUCCCGCUAAAUUUGGUGUUGCACAGCUGUCCGUGUUGAACAAUGAUCUUGGCGAGGCCAAGCUACGCCUAGAGAAGAUGAUCCAACAGUCCAAGAACUAUGAAGCAAUGGUUCUUCUCGGUACCCUGUAUGCCGAGGAAGUUUUCAUGAACCAGUAUGCCGCCGUCAAGGAGGACAAGACCACGGAAAUGGCCAAGGCUAUUCAGUACCUCGAAAACGUUCGUGCAAUCUGGAAGGACCCGAAGAAGAGCCAGCUGCCGGAUGCCUCGGUGCUACUGAACCUUGCUCGAUUGUACGAGAAUGACCAGCCCGCAAAGGCUCUUGAGUGCCUACAGCAGGUGGAGCAGCUUGAACUAGACCGAAUACCACCCUCUGGCCGCCCAUCAGAUGCCGAGGAUGAAUCGGCUAUGCGCAGUGCCCUACGCAAGAAUCUUCCGCCCCAACUUCUUAACAAUAUCGGGUGUUUUUACUCGCAAGCUGAAAAGCAUAGCACUGCGAGCGAGAUGUUCGAGGCCGCAUUGGGAGCCUGCAUGCAAAUCGGGGAGAAGGACCAAGACAUGGACACCGAUGCAUUGGUUACCACCAUCAGUUUCAACCUUGGCCGGAGCUACGAGGCUCAAGGCCUCACGGACGGGGCAGUCGAGGUGUAUGAACGAUUGACCGCGCGACACAGCGAUUACACUGAUGCCCAGGCUCGACUUGCUUACAUCAAGCUGCGCCGAAACCCUAACAAGGAGGGCCCCGACGCUGUUGCCAAGCUCUACCAGGAGAGCCCAUCCGACCUAGAUGUUAGAGCCCUCUAUGGUUGGUAUUUGGGCAAGGUUCAGUCUAGGAAACGACCUGCCAAUGUGAACGAGGACCCAGAGCUGCGACACUACAAGCACACCCUCCAACAGUAUGACAAGCACGAUCGAUACGCGUUGGUAGGCAUGGGCAAUCUUUACAUGAUGGCGGCCCGCGAGAUGCGCCGAGAGACGGACCACGAGAAGCAGAAACGAUCUGCCAUGUACAGCCGCGCUGUGGAGUUCUUCGAGAAAGCCCUGCAGCUAGACCCUAAGAACGCUUACGCUGCGCAAGGUAUUGCAAUCUCUCUUAUCGAGGACAAGAAGGACUUGAAGUCUGCAUUGCCGAUCUUCCUCAAGAUCCGCGACACAGUGAAAGAUUCCCUCGUCUUCGUCAACCUGGGCCAUAUCUACGCCGAACUCCGUCAAUUCUCGAAAGCCAUUGAGAGCUACGAGAUUGCAUUGUCAAAGGAAAGCAAGACUAAUGAUACGGGCAUCUUGGCAUGCCUCGGGCGAACUUGGUUAAACAAGGCGAGACAUGAAAAGGACAUGGACGCCUACAGGACUGCCCUCGAUUAUGCCAAAAAGGCCUUGGAAAUUGCUCCAGAUCAGGUCCAUUUCAAGUUCAACGUUGCAUUUGUGCAAAUUCAGCAGGUGCAAGCAAUCUCCAAUGUCCCUGAAGCACAACGGACAUCUUUCCAGUUGCAGGAUGCUCUGGAGGAGUUGGAGGCAGCCAUCAAAUCUCUUGAGGAGAUUGCUGCUCACCCUCAGCCUCCUUAUCCCAAGUCAGACCUGGAACAGCGAGCGAGCUUUGCAAAGACGCAGCGCAACCAGCUCUCCAGGAAGAUUGAGGAGCAGAAAGAGUACGAGGAGAAAAACAAAGAGAAGCUACAGGCAGCAAUGGAGAUGCGCCAAGCAGAGAUGAAGCGUCGCGAAGAGCAGCGUGAAAAGGCUUUAGCCAUCGAACGUGAACGUCAAGAAAAGAUUCGCAAGCAGCGUGAAGAGAUUGCUGCCAAGGAUGCCGAACUGACGAAGCAGCGUAUCGAGGAGGAGAAGGCUCGCCAGGAAGCCGAGAUGACCACUGACAGUGAGACUGGCGAAAAGGUGAAGCGGAAGAAGAAGAGCAGACCGAGGGUUGAAGGCAAGCCCAAGAGUCGCCCCAGAAAGAAGAAGGGUGAGGACGACGAUGAGUCUGGCUCAGAAGAGGAGCAGCCCAAGAAGAAGCGCCGUCUCACCAAGAAAGAGACCAAACCAAGCGGCAAGUACAAGUCAGCCGAAAUCAUUGUCGACAGCGACGAAUCGGACAACGAUGAUGCCUUGGAGCGAGCUGAGCGCGCCAUCGGCAGCGAUUCGGGUCGCUCUGAUGCUGGCGACCGAUCAAAGGCUGGCAGUGACGACGAGGAUCGCAUGGAGGUCGAUAACGGUGCUGGUGGAGUGGACGAGGACGAGGAGGCAGCAGGCACUUCCAGACGCCGUGCCCGGCAACGUGGGAGAGUCCUCGAUGACAGUGACGAGGACGAGGAUGACGGAGGCGCAGAGCCUGGCGCCGAUAAGUCUGGAGCAGAAGAUGAAGAGGCACCGGCCGUAGACACUAGCAUGGCCGAUGCUGCCGACGAUGACGACGAGGAGUAG